CGUGAUGCCGACCACCGUAUCUAAGCUUAUCGAUAAUCGAUAACCAGAGACCGCGAAAAAAAAGUUGUCUGGGCAGACAAUUCAAUUGAAUUAAGUGGGAUCAAUCCUAAAAACUUUAAGUAUUUUUGAGGUUUCUCUACUAGCAGUUGCAAACACAUUAGCGACUUGCUACGAGAUAAUGAGCUCUCUCAAGAGGAAGGAUGCCCCGGAGGCAUCAUCAACUACGAAAACAUCAAAGGCGCCUGGCGAUUCCCGACCUUCAAAACGAAACAAAUCUGACAAAACCUCUGCUAAGGAUGAUGCGAAGCCGAGUUCAAAAUCAACCAGCGCAGCAGCUGUUUCGCGCUUGAAGGAGGAGGAACCUCUGUUCCCUCGUGGAGGUGGUAGCGUGCUCACUCCUCUUGAGCACAAGCAGAUUUCAAUCCAGGCCAAACAAGAUGUCCUCUUCGAACAAGAGUCUGGACAGGGUGCGAACAACCCCGACCGAACCUCGAAGAAAAAGAAGACGAAAGCCUCAAAAGAUGGGAAAUCUGCAAAUUUCCACCAAGGCGAUGAGAGCGCAAAGAUAGAAAGCCUUAACUUCAAGCGACUAGUUAAAGGAUCUCUAGUCCUCGGUCAAGUUUCCGAAAUCAACCCCCUAGAAAUCGUCCUUUCCUUACCGAACAAUCUCUCUGGACAUGUCCCGAUAACCGCCGUUUCUGACGCCUUAAACGAAAGAAUAGCAGCCGAAGCAGUUGGGGAAGAAGAGGAAGAGGAAGAGGAGCCUGAGGAUGAUGGUCUCGACCCAAAGAACCUCUUCAAAAUUGGACAAUAUCUUCGCGCUUACGUUAUGUCGACUAUCGAUGAGUCGACAGCCAGUUCGGCCAAACCUAGGCGGCACAUUGAAUUAUCACUGCGCCCAGCUCUCUCGAACACGGGUUUGUCUAGCCAGGAUAUUGUUGCAAAUUGCACCAUCAUGGCAACAGUCGUCAGCGCCGAGGACCACGGCUUCGUCAUGGAAUUCGGACUGCCCGACUCGGAUCUUCGAGGAUUCUUACCCCGAAAAGAAUUAGAUGAGGGCAUACCCGAUUCUCAAAUGCAGCCGGGAAGCGUUAUCUUGUGUCUCGUGACAGGGAAGAGUGUUAAUAGCAAGGUUGCGCAACUCACGACUCUCGCGAAGAAGAUAGGGAAAGUUCAGAAUUUUGCAUCGGAAGCCACUACGAUAAAUGCCUUCUUACCUGGGUCGGCUGUGGAAUUCAUGGUGUCUGAAGUUGCUAAACGUGGAAUUAUCGGCAAAGUCAUGGGGUCGUUGGAUGUCACGGCCGAUCUAAUUCACUCAGGCCUUGGUCCUAAAGCUUUGGACCUGGAAUCUAAAUACAAAGUCGGGAAAAAAUACAAGGCUCGCGUCAUUUGCAAUUUUCCAACGGCCAAGGAUCCGAAGUUGGGCAUCUCUCUGUUAGGUCAUGUGGUAUCACUUGGAUCGCAAUUGGCAUCUAACAAGUUACCGGAGCAGACUCUACCCAUAUCAUCCGUGGUCGAAGAGUGCACAGUCACCAAAGCAGAUCCAGAAAUUGGUCUAUUUGUUGAUGUGGGCGUUGAGGGCGUGCCUGGGUUUGUCCAUAUCUCUAGAGUCAAGGAUGGUAAGAUCGAUAUGCUCGCCGAAUCUUCUGGUCCUUUCAAAACAGGCUCGGUGCAUCGCGGUCGAGUGGUGGGCUACAAUGCUAUCGAUGGCAUGUUCCACCUAUCAUUCGAAAAGCACAUUUUAGAGCAACCAUUCCUACGGAUCGAAGACAUCCCCGUCGGCGAAGUUGUCAACGGAGAGAUUGAGAAACUAUUGGUCGAUCAAAACGGUGUUAGUGGUCUGCUUGUCAAACUUGCAGAAGGUAUCGUUGGAAUCGUCCCCGAAAUGCAUCUAGCAGACGUUCGAUUACAACACCCAGAGAAGAAAUUCCGAGAGGGCCUCAAAAUCAAAGCUCGAGUACUUUCAACCAAUCCAGCCAAACGCCAGGUCAAACUCACGCUAAAGAAGACCCUCGUCAACUCCGAGGCGACCCCCUUGAAAUCCUUCGAAGAAGUCACCGUCGGUAUGCAAAUUCCUGGAACGAUUAUCAAGGUGUUCAACAACGGUGCUAUUGUACAAUUUUAUGGCAACCUGAGAGGAUUUUUGCCCGUGUCGGAAAUGAGUGAAGCAUACAUCCAAGACCCCAAAGAGCAUUUCCGAGUUGGCCAAGUUGUCAGUGUCCACGUUUUGGAUUUCGAUGCCGAAGCGCGAAAACUCUUCGUUUCCUGCAAAGAUCCCUCUGCCUUCGGUCUUGACAAGCAAAAUGCCCUCAAGAAAUUGAAGCUUGGAGAUACCGUUUCUGCUAAGGUUAUACAAAAGACCGAAGACGAUGUUUUUGUUGAAUUGGUCGACAGUUCACUGAAAGCUAUGUUAUCGAUAUGGCAUCUUGCUGACCAACCUAGUAAAUGCCAAUCCGCCUUAAAACGUAUUCACGUCGGGCAAACUCUCAACGAUCUUGUGGUGUUGGACAAGAACGAAGGCCGUCGUUACGUAGCAUUAUCGAAGAAGCCUGCAUUCAUUAAGGCUAAGAGUGAAGGCAAACUUCUCACAUCUUUCGAUGAGGCUAAAGUCGGGCAGCUUCGACAAGGCUUCGUAAGAAAUAUUACCCCGACAGCAGCUUUCAUCCAGUUCUGCGGCCAGCUUACUGCCUUGCUACCCAAGUCGAAACUGCCACAGGAAGACCAAAAGAAAACAGACUUUGGAUUAGAGAGGUAUCAGCCGGUACUUGUCAAAAUCGAUUCUCUUGACAAGGACCAUAGCCGAAUUGUCGCCGCGUCGGCUUCAUUUGAGGAAAACAAAAAAUCCAAAAAUGAUGCUUCAUCUACGCCGGCAGCCAAGCUCGAAAACCCUGUUGAUGAAACAAUCUCGUCAAUGGAUGAUAUAUCAAUAGGCAAAAUCACCAAGGCCAAGAUCACAUCGAUUAAGAGCACGCAGCUCAACGUUAAGCUUUCAGACAACGUCCAGGGUCGUGUAGAUGUGUCUCAGGUUUUCGACACUUGGAACAAGAUAUCAAAUCCUAAGUCGCCAUUAAGUACGUUCCGAGUAAACAGCACGGUCACCGUUCGAGUCUUAGGUAUCCACGAUGCGAGGAACUAUCGAUUCUUACCUAUCACGCAUAGAUCAAGCCACUCAGUCCUGGAAUUAUCCAUGAAACCAAGUGAUUUGAAGAAGGGAGAACCACAGGUCUUAUCUUAUGAUAAGUUAGAGCAGGGCUCUACUCAUAUUGGAUUUGUCAACAACAUUGAGAAGAGCUCCCUUUGGGUGACUCUCUCACCGAACGUCCGAGGUCGAGUUAAUACUCUAGAAAUCGCUGACGAUGUAUCCCAACUUGAGGAUCUUGCAUCAAGCUUCCCGAUAGGAUCGGCGCUGCGAGUUCGCGUUCUAUCUGUCAACGCCGCCGAGGGUCGUCUCGAUCUCUCGGCGCGUUCUUCAAACUCCUCGACGAAUCUCGCUUGGGAUACUGUUAAGAAGAACAUGGUUCUCCCUGGCCGAAUUACCAAGAUUAAUGAACGGCAAAUUAUUGUACAAUUAAGCGAUGUCGUUUCCGGUCCGGUUCACUUGAUAGACGUUGGUGACGAUUACGGUGAGGCGAAUACGCUUUCCCAUAGUAAGAACGAUGUCAUUCGGGUUUCGGUUGUGGAGGCCGACAAGAGUAACAAGAAAAUUCGACUCUCGACUCGUCCUUCGAGGGUACUGAAUUCGUCUCUACCUGUCAAAGAUCGCGAGAUCACUGAGGUAUCACAAAUCAAAGCAGGAGAAGUACUGCGAGGUUUCGUGAAAAAUGUUUCCGAUAAAGGACUGUUCGUGAGUCUUGGUGGAAAUGUUACGGCUAUGGUUAAGAUCUCGGAUCUCUCGGACAAGUUCCUCAAGGAAUGGAAAGACGAAUACCAAAUUGACCAGCUUGUCAAGGGCCGAAUAAUAUCUGUUGACCCUAUCACAAGCCACGUUCAAAUGAAUCUCAAGGCCUCAGUAGUUGAUAAAGAGUAUGUACCUCUUAUCAAUUACGCGGAUCUUCGCGAAGGUCAAAUUGUUGCGGGCAAAGUCCGAAAAGUUGAGGAUUUCGGUGCAUUCAUCGUUAUUGAGGGCUCGGCAAACGUCAGUGGCUUGUGUCACCGCAGCGAAAUGGCCGAGAAACUCGUGGAAGAUGCACGGAAACUCUUCAACGAGGGCGAUGUUGUCAAGGCUAUCAUUCUAAAACUCGAUAAGCAGAAGAAGCGAGUCAGCUUCGGUCUCAAACCAUCAUAUUUUGACGAUAUGGAUGUUGAUGACAGCGACGAAGAUGAUGGCGCUGGCGUUACAUUACUAGACGAUGAGGAUGAUGAAGAUGAGGAUGAUGAAGACGAGGAUGACGAUGACGAGAUGGAGGACACCGGAGCUUCCGUACUCAUAAGAGGAACGGACAAUGAUUUAGAUGAAUCAUCCGACAAUGAAGAUACUGAGAUGGCGGAUAAGGAAGACGAUGAUAUCGCUCCUCUGGAAACCGGCGGCUUUAAUUGGUCUGUCGACGCACUUGAUAAGACAGAUGUGGUGGACGAUGCGGAUGAAGACGCAAAUACCACACAAAAGAAAAAGAAGCGAAGAAAGCCACAAAUUGAAGUAGACAAGAGUGGCGAUCUAGACGCAUUUGGUCCAAGAACAGCCGUCGAUUACGAACAACUCCUUAACCGCCAACCAAAUUCCUCCGCCCUAUGGAUCGAAUACAUAGCCCACCAAAUGCAAGUCAGCGAGCUCGCGAAGGCUCGUGAAGUAGCUGAGCGCGCCGUAAAGACUAUUGAUAGUACCGAAGAGACAGAGAAGCUGAACGCUUGGGUUGCCUAUCUCAACCUUGAGGUUCGAUUUGGAAACGAAGAGAGCGUCGAUGAGGUCUUCAAGCGCGCCUGCCAGGUAAACGACCAGCAAGAGGUUCACCAGCGCUUAGCCAGCAUCUACAUCCAAGAAGACAAGGCAGGGAAAGCAGAUGACCUCUUCCAAACCCUCGUCAAGAAAUUCGGCGGUAGCUCACCGGAGGUUUGGUAUAACUACGCGCACUGGCUUCACGCUGUCCAGAACCAACCCGAAAAAGCCCGCGCCCUACUACCACGUGCUACACAAGCGUUACCAAGUCACGCACGUUUCCCGCUAAUGACUAAAUUCGCAGCGCUUGAGUUUAACUCCCCGCACCGGAACCCGGAGUUAGGACGAACCAUGUUCGAGGGCCUACUGGCGACCUUCCCCAAGCGCUUUGACCUUUGGAAUCAGUUACUGGACCACGAAGACGUAUCGGGAGCCGACAAGACCGUUAUCCGCGACAUCUUUGAGCGCGCCACGCGCGUCAAGGGCUUGAAGGCUCGGGCCGCAAAAAAGUGGUUCAAGAGAUGGGCUGAUUGGGAAGAGAAGAAUGGUGAUACCAAGAGUAGAGAAAAGGUCACCGCCAAGGCUGCGGAAUGGGUUAAAGCUAAGGCCGAGGCAAAGGCGGAUAAAGAAGGUGAGGAAGAUGAAGAUGACGAGUAGGCUUGACCAUUCAUCAUCCGUAUUUUCGUGGAACGUGGGACUGGCAGUUAUGAAUCGAGAUGGUUCAUACGUGGUUAAAAGCUGUUCAUAUGGGUUUGGCGGUGCACCAUAGUCUACUUUACAUAUUUAGGUCGGGGACAUUAAAAUAUCAUCAAGUAUUGGCAUUUACAUCGCA